CCAUACACUUGGCAUAUGCACUUGGCCUGCCUCUAUGGUGUGUAUAUAUUCUCUCUGGACGAGUCUCGUAGAGCUAACACCUCCAUCGGCCCAUUUGCUAGCUUCCAUCCGCUCUUCCGGUGGUGCUGGGUGCCAAAGCUAGCAGCAGCUACUGCAGUAGGUUUCUUCUCUUCUGGCUUCUCCCUUCUACUCUUUCCCCAGCCUGCCGAUCACUUUCAGCUCGAGGCCACCGGGGAAGCCAAAGGUUUCUUGAAUAUCGGUAUGGAGUUCAGCAGCAAAGACAUCCAGAUGGCCGGCCUGCACAGCGAGCAAUCGGCGAGGGAAGCCCUCCCGGCGUUUCUGAUCCAGGUGCCGUCGCAGACCAUCGCCGGCUUCGACUGCGUCGGCGGCGAUGCCAACGUCUCCCUGAAUGAGGCGGACAAUGAGUCCGGGACAACGACGGGCAACCAGGACAUUGUUAUCAGCAUCCCGGCGCCGGCGAGCGCACCACGGUCCGCUCUUCCUGGACGCGCGUACGACGACGCGCAUAUCCCCUACUCCAUCUCGCUCAGCAUGCCGGCGUCGCCGUCGGGGUUACACCUCUCGCAGUUCAGGACGUCGGCCGUCCAGCGUGACGAGGCCCGCGUCACGCCGGCAGUGGCGGAGUUCGACGUCCACCCGGUGGAGGAACAGGUGGAGGUGCACUCCCCGCGGCUACUGAAGCAGACGCGUUUCCACUCGCAGCCCAUCCUGCUGCACGGGUCCAAGAACGUCGAUGAGGCGCGGCGGUGCGACAGCACGCGCGACAAGCGGUUCGACCCAUUCAAGACCUUCUCCGGCCGCCUCGAGCGGCAGCUGUCAAACCUGCGCGGCCGGCCUCAGGAGCCCAUAGACGCGGUGUCGCCGGAGUCGAAGAUCUCCGAGGAGGAGACCGACCAGGUCCCUGGCGCCGACCGGUACUUCGACGCCUUGGAAGGCCCCGAGCUGGACACUCUCAGGGCGACGGAGGUGCCGGUGCUGCCGAAAGAUGACAAGUGGCCGUUCCUGCUGCGGUUCCCGAUCAGCGCGUUCGGGAUGUGCCUCGGCGUGAGCAGCCAGGCGAUCCUGUGGAAAACGCUGGCGUCUGCGCCUCCGACGGCGUUCCUGCACGUGAGCCUGGUGGUGAACCACGUGCUGUGGUACGUCGCGCUGGCGCUGAUGGUGCUCGUGUCCAGCAUCUACCUGCUCAAGGUCGUCUUUUACUUCGAGGCGGUGCGGCGCGAAUUCUACCACCCGAUCCGCGCCAACUUCUUCUUCGCGCCAUGGAUCGCGUGCCUGUUCCUGGUGCUGGGCGCGCCGCGGCAGGAGACCGAGAUGCACCACGGCGUGUGGUACGCGCUCAUGGCGCCCAUCUUCUGCCUGGAGCUCAAGAUCUACGGGCAGUGGAUGUCCGGGGGGCAGCGGCGGCUGUCCAAGGUGGCCAACCCGUCCAACCACCUCUCCAUCGUCGGCAACUUCGUCGUCGCGCUGCUCGGCGCCAAGAUGGGCCUCCGCGAGGGCCCCAUCUUCUUCUUCGCCGUCGGUCUCGCGCACUACAUGGUACUCUUCGUCACGCUCUACCAGCGACUCCCCACCAACGUGACGCUCCCCAAGGAGCUCCACCCCGUCUUCUUCCUCUUCGUCGCCGCCCCCAGCGUCGCGUCCAUGGCCUGGGCCAAGAUCAACGGCCACUUCGACACCGGCGCCAGGAUCGCCUACUUCAUCGCGCUCUUCCUCUACAUGUCACUGGCGGUGCGGAUCAACUUCUUCCGGGGGUUCCGGUUCUCGCUGGCGUGGUGGGCGUACACGUUCCCGAUGACCGGCGCGUCGAUCGCGACGAUCACGUACGCGACGGAGGUGAACAACGUGCUGACGCGGACGCUCUCCAUCGGGCUCUCGGGCAUCGCCACCGUCACGGUCGCCGGCUUGCUGGUGACCACCGUGUUCCACGCCUUCGUGCUGAGGGACCUCUUCCCCAACGAUGUCUCCAUCGCCAUCACGCGGCGAAAGCCCAAGUUCAGCAAGAUCCUCGCGCACUUCCGCUCCUCCAGCUCCGACAUGAAGGAGCUCGUGUUCUCCUUGUCCAAGCCGUCGCAAUCCGAAUCCGGCGAGACCGAUCCGUCGGUGAUCUGUGCCAGAGCAGAGCCUUAGAUCAAUCAACCACGACCCCGCUGGCUCGCUGUACAUAGUGGAUUUUUUUUGAUCUGUUAUGCAGGACGGCAGGAGGGAUGGUAGUUGAUCGGCCUGAGGACUAGUCGUGUAAUUAAAAUGGUUGGACGUACGUGGAACGGAUAUCCUUGGAGCAUUUUGUGAUGAUGAGGAAUUUGAAGAUACGAUGUGCAACUAGUACAUGCAGGUCGGUCGAUAAGUUUGUAAAUCAACCAAAAUAUAUGUGUAAUCUAUGUGGACUUGAGUAAGAAUAAACCAUGAACAUUUUUGUUA